UCCAAGAGCUCCCUGCAAAUUUUUGGUGAUACCACCGGUGUUAGGGUUUUAUUUUGUCUCCGUCCCUCUCCUCCACCAUUCCCUAUUUAACCCACAUUUUACCCAAUUUUAAUUCCAUAUCAUCACACCUCUACAUACAUCACCUUUAUGUAUAUAUAUCUAAUCAAAUGUUACAAUCAUCAUGGCUGCUGAGCUCGGCCUUCUCUCCUUGACCCAGCUCAGAAACAUAGCUAGCUUAUCGCCCGGCGCAUGGAUGUGGAACCCUACGCAAGUCGCGGAACAAGAAGAUGACUCAUGGGAGGUUAGAGCUUUUGAGCAAGACACAGGUAACAUUAUGGGUACUACAUGGCCACCAAGGUCCUACACCUGCACUUUCUGCAGACGAGAAUUCCGGUCAGCCCAAGCCCUAGGCGGUCACAUGAAUGUUCAUCGCCGCGACCGAGCCCGGCUCCACCAGAGUUCGGCUCCACAACCGCCCGGUCGUGCUGCAACUUCAAUGAUAAUCCCAACUCAAGACUUAACUGCAAAUGGCGGUUUGUGUCUUCUCUACCAAUUGCCUAACCCUAAAGGGAUUUUAGCAGCUCCAACUGGUGAUACCAUUGAUUCACCUUCGACUAUUCUUUCUAUCUCACCCUAUCCUUCUCACCACUUGAUAACCCCACCUUUGAAUUUUACAUUGUCACCGUCAUCUACGUCUACCAAAGCUCAAUCCCCGUGGGUGAAGUCGGCUGAUGUCAGCGCCAACAGAUUAAUUACAGCAGAUCAUUCAGCAGCCAUGGAGGAAGUUGAUCUUGAGCUUCGCUUAGGACCGUCUUGAUUAACAACAGAGACAUGAUAUUAUGGUGGGUGAAUUAAUGUGUGUAUGAUUUCAAUGUUAAGUUUGUAAGAUGCAGUGAAUCUAGUAAUUUUCAUAGACUUGUAUGAGAUUUUUUCAAUUAUUUAUAUGCGUGUGGAA